GUGCAGAUGAUACCAGGCGAUUGUUUCGGUGAUGACUCUGACACGAGGUGGAUGGCUUGAUCAGAUGUGAGGAGUUCGGUGUGCAGGAGCGGCGAUAUAUUGAAGGGUAACGGCACUGGUUGAUCUUCGGCUACAUAGCAUUGGAAUGUCGUCUCAUUUGCAUAGGUGUCACUUCCUUCUCUGGACAAGAAAUCAGCAGUUUGAUUUCGUUUACCUGGCAGGCAAGUCGGGUGAACCUGAGAUUUCGGCCGUUGAAGAGGAAGGACAGGUAAUCUCGAGAUUCUUCUGCCACUUGUACCUGCCAGUAUCCGGCGCUGAGGUCGACGGUGGAGUAUAUGGUCUUGCCAUGGAACGUCUGCAACACCUGAUCGAUCUGGGCGGGAGCUUCACGGUCGUCGUCGAGAAUCAUGUUCAGCUGGCGGGCGUCGAGACAGAGUCGGGUGGAGCCGUCCUUCUUCGAAACACAGGCAAUACCAGGAAGGAGUAUGGGAAGCACUUUCCUUCGACUUGGAUCUCCAGGAGGCAUUGUUUAGAUAUUCGGAGGCGACGUCCUGGUGUGACACCUGAUAGAUGUGAGGAGUUUGGUGUGCAGGAGCGGCGAUAUAUUGAAGGGUAACGGCACUGGUUGAUCUUCGGCUACAUAGCAUUGGAAUGUCGUCUCAUUUGCAUAGGUGUCACUUCCUUCUCUGGACAAGAAAUCAGCAGUUUGAUUUCGUUUACCUGGCAGGCAAGUCGGGUGAACCUGAGAUUUCGGCCGUUGAAGAGGAAGGACAGGUAAUCUCGAGAUUCUUCUGCCACUUGUACCUGCCAGUAUCCGGCGCUGAGGUCGACGGUGGAGUAUAUGGUCUUGCCAUGGAACGUCUG